AUGGGCCAGAUACUGUCGAACCCAGUUAUAGACAAGGAGCAAGGGCGCAGUGGGGAUGCGCUGACGGCCUACGGGAUGUGCGCGAUGCAGGGGUGGCGGAUGUCGAUGGAGGACUCGCACAUCGUGGACCUGGACAUCAGCCCGGAGGGCUCGGAUGACCACAUCGCAUACUACUGCGUGUUUGACGGGCACGGGGGGGCGUCGGUGGCUCAGUUCUGCGGGGAGCAAUUCUCGCGGAUACUGCAGCAGCAGAAGGACUUUGGCGGCGACGCGCCGAACUUUGCGCGGGCACUGGUGGCGGCGUUCAUCGCGGCGGACGAGGAGUUACUGAAGGACCCAGUGCUGGCCAAUGACCAUAGCGGCUGCACAGCCACCACGUUGCUGGUGUCACACAAGCAGCAGCUGCUUGUGUGCGCGAACUCGGGCGACUCGCGCACGGUGUUGUCAACCGACAAGAACGCGAAGGCGCUCUCGUUUGACCACAAGCCGACAUUGCGCUCAGAACAGUCGCGGAUCAUGGCGGCAGAUGGAUUUGUGGAAAUGGACAGGGUCAAUGGUAACUUGGCGCUUUCGCGCGCGAUUGGGGACUUUGAGUUCAAGUCAAACCCAAACCUGGCUCCGCACGAGCAGAUUGUCACAUGUGUACCAGACGUGCUAGAGCAUAAGCUAGACUACGAGAAAGACGAAUUUGUGAUCCUGGCCUGCGACGGGAUCUGGGACUGUCUUUCAAGCCAGGAGUGCGUGGACCUAAUCCACUACGGCAUUCAACAAGGCAUGGGCUUGCAGGACAUCGCGUCGCGCGUGAUAGACGUGUGUUGCUCACCAACCACCGAGGGGACCGGCAUUGGCUGUGACAACAUGAGUUUCAUCGUUGUCGCCCUUCUGCGGGAAAACGAGACCGAGGACCAGUGGUUCGAGAGAAUGCGCGCCAAGAAAUACCAGGGUCUGCUUUCCUUUGAGGCGCAGCGCCGCAAGGUCUUCUCAUACCACUACGAUUUUAUCAACGAGGACGACGACAACCUCUUUGACAUCUCAACUAAGCGUCCGGAGGAGCGCAACCGUGGUAGCGGCAGCCUUCCCCCAAUGCACGCGACUACGCGCGAGGAUCCCGACGAAGAGGAUGGCGCCAACCCUGCCGACGGCCGCCAACACCUCUAUUCGCUCGAAGAGCUCAUCAACGCUGGCGGCAUCCAGAUCACACAGGGCGGCAACAAUACCUCGUACAUUCACGGCUCCGCGCUGUCGGAAGUCUUGGCUUCGCUAGUCGGUGCUACGGGUGGCAUCGUUGCGCGCCCUGCGCAGCGCGCCGACGCUGAGGAUAACGUGAGCGAGGAGCAGGACGGGAAAAAGCUGGAGGAGAUCCAGGAGUGA